GGUCGAUUCAACCGGAUAUUAUUUCCGGAAUUCCGGACGUCAUUAUCCGGACGAUGUUCCGAGCUACUUUGAACGCGGCAGUGCCUCCCGUUUUGCGAUGUCGACAGCCCGCUUCACGUUCAUCGGCCUCUUGUGGGCCGCGCUCGCGUCCUGCAUCAUGGGUGCCACCAUUGAAGGCCGUAUCUCGUAUCCUGCCAAUGUGCCCCCGCCAGUGUCGAUCGACGGCGGCUUGCCUUCGCUCCAAGUCGUGCUCGACGGCGGCGUGCGGUCAACGCUGUCGACUCACGACGGUCGUUUUUCCUUCUAUGAUGUGCCUGCUGGUCGCUACACCGUGGACAUCCAUUCCCCUGUGUACAUCUUCAGCCAGUUCAAGGUCGACAUCAGCACGACCGGCGACAUCCGUGUGCUCGAAUUCAAGUACCCCGGGACGCCCAAGCUUGCCGUGUCGCACCCGUUGGUCGUGGACGCUUUAGCUCAAGUCCAGUACUUUCAAGUACGUCAAGUCGAAAACACCAUUGUAGGUCGAGUUCUGACCCUUGUUCUGCAGCCCCGCGAGAAGUUUAGUGUGAUCGACUUGAUCAAGAACCCGUCGUUCCUGGCGCUGAUCGUGCCGCUCUUCAUGGUGUGGGUCUUGCCCAAGUUGACCGAAUCGAUGCUUGGUACGUAACCUUGUGGUCGUUGUUGCAUGUGGCUGACCUUCCUUCUGUAGACCCGGAAGAGUUCAAGCAAGCGCAAGAAGAGAUGGGCGCCGCCGCGGACCCGAGCAGCUUGAUCAAGGGUUUCUUUGGUGGCGGCGGCGGCGAUGCCAAGGACGACGAAGACAGUGACUAAUGAGUGUGCAAUAAACAUAACCGUUCUCA